AUGGGCGAUGUGGGCCACUCGCCACGGAUGCAGUAUCACGCGUGCUCGCUAGCGCAGCUGCCGUCGUCGCCGAGAGUCUCGCUGGUCGGCUACGCCGAGAGCCCGCUGCCUGCCGCUGUAGCGGCGGUGACCGACACGGUGGCGCUGGGCGUCUUCCCGCGACUCCCACGGUGGCUCUUCCCGCUCUACGCCCCGUUCAAGGUGGUAUACAUGGCGUGGGUCCUCUUCUACGCCCUUGCCUUCCGCCUCGCCUCGCCCCCGGACAUCCUCCUUGUCCAGAACCCGCCCUCGGUUCCUGUUCUCGCCGUCUGCUGGCUCUACACUGCCCUCAUCGCCCGCUCCUGCCGCCUCGUCGUCGACUGGCACAACUUUGGCUACACUAUCCUCGCCUACUCGCUGCCGCGCCCGCUGCGAUGGGUCGCCUCGCUCGCUGCGGCCUACGAGCGCUUCUUUGGCUCGCGCGCCUCGGCGCAUCUCGCCGUCACCCGCGCCAUGGCCGCAUGGCUCGAGGCAAACUGGGGCAUCGCGCCUGUUGUCCUGUACGACCGCCCGCCUAACCAGUUUGUCCGCCUCUCUCCUGACGAGCGCCUCGCCUUUAUCGCCCGCCUCCCAGAGCUCAUCGAUGGCUUUGACCCGGCCGCCGCCGCCCUCCUCGCUCCCAACCGCCCGGCCUUUCUCGUCUCGUCCACCUCGUGGACACCCGACGAGGACUUUUCCAUCCUCCUCGAGGCCAUGGUCGCCUACAAUGCGCUGGUGGAGGCCCAGAACCCAGACUCGGCCCGUGCUCUCCCGGAUGUUGUCCUGGUCAUCACCGGCCGUGGCCCGCUCAAGGCCCACUACGAAGCCGCCAUCGCCGACCUCGGCCUCGCCCACGUCUCCAUCUUCACCGCAUUUCUCCCCAUCGCCGACUACCCGCGCAUCCUCGGCGCCGCAGAUCUCGGCAUAUCUCUCCACACCAGCUCGUCCGGCCUCGACCUGCCCAUCAAGAUCAUCGACGCCUUUGGCGCCGGCCUCCCCGUCGCCGCCGUCAACUUUCCCUGCCUCCACGAGCUCGUCGUCGACGGCUACAACGGCGUCGUCUUUGACUCGGCACCGGACCUCGCUGCCGCGCUCUCGGGCCUCUUUGCCGGCUUCCCGCGCUCGACCAAGGCGCUGGAGAACCUCGCCGACGGCGCCGCUGCCUUUCAGUCGCUGCGGUGGGACGAGAACUGGAACACGGUUGCCCGCCCGCUGAUGGUCGGCAACGACGCCCCGGUCGUGUAUCGCAAGCGCGAGUAGUAGCUGCGCUCCCGCUGUGUUUAGGUUGUUGCUUUACCGCUUGCGCGAGGCGUUGAGGGCGAGGUAGGAAAGGAUGAGGAAGAGAGCCAUGAAGACGCCGAGGAUGCCCGAGUUGAAACCGAUGUUUCCGUCCUCCUCGGCCUCGAACAGGUCAAGGACGGCCUGCCCGUUGGGAACAGGGCAGGUACCGUUGAUGGCCUCGGAGGCGUCGCAGGUAAAGGUGAGGCCCUUGA